AUGGAGUCCAAGACGGGCGGCCUGGUCGACAGAACCCUGUGUGAGCGUGCCAACAUCAGCCUCGCCACGUACUUAAACACGUCCCUGUCGCUGCAGCAUCAUGUGAAUAAUGCCGUGCUGGGCAUCAUCCUGGGCACGCUGUGUCUUCUGACCGUCAUCAUGAACAUCCUGGUUCUUUUUGCUGUCAGAAAGGAACGCACCCUGCACACGGUGGGGAACCUGUACAUCGUGAGCCUUUCCCUGGCGGAUCUUAUCGUCGGUGCCACCGUGAUGCCGCUGAACCUGGUGUACCUGCUGGAGGACGAGUGGAAACUGGGUCGCGUGGUCUGCCAGUUCUGGUUGGUGAUGGAUUACGUGGCGAGCACGGCGUCUAUCUUCAGCCUGUUCAUCCUCUGCUUGGAUCGAUACCGCUCGGUUCGGCAGCCGCUGAGAUACCUGAAGUACCGGACGCGAGGGCGGGCGACGCUGAUGAUCUGCUGCGCGUGGCUGCUCUCCAUGACGUGGAUUGUUCCCAUCCUGGGCUGGCGCAUGUUCGCCAGGGUGGAUCAGAAGCCGGAGCUGGAGAGCAAGUGCGACACGGAUUUCCGCUUCGUCACGUGGUUCAAGGUCGUCACGGCGAUUCUCAAUUUUUACAUCCCGUCGUUCCUCAUGCUGUGGUUCUACGCGCAGAUUUUCAUCUCCGUGCGAGAGCAUUACAAGCAGUGGGAAAGCGUCACCAUCGCCAAGGUAGCGUUGGACGGCAACCUGCAGGACCUGGAGCAACCGAAAACGUUCUGCCAGUCCGCCCAGGAGGAGGACCUCACCCUGCAGGCGUUCUCACGGAAUGCCAACCUGCUGGAUCAGUACACUCUGGAGCAGCCUUGCAACUCGAAGGACACCAGCGAGGGAACACUAGACAACAAAUCCAAACAUCGCAGGACAUCGUUCUUCAAGAUCGCAAAGCACAUGAGGAAAACCUCACGAGAACCCAACGAGAUUUCCUCCAUAGGUCCUGACGACAGCGUGGACACGCCGUCGAAGCAGCCUUGCCAGAUUUUGCACCAUGAGGACAACCCCGACCUCAAGAUGUUCGUAUCCGUAAACGACUGUAACGUGCUCGUUCCAAACUCGGUGGCGAACAUCUGCGAGAUCGCUCCCAACGCGGACGUUCACCAGCACGCCACGGUUCUGAGCAACGACGACCCCAUCGCGCGGCCGAGGCAGUCCUGGGGACCCGACGAGGGUCCGACCAUGGACAACAGCAACACCCUGACGCUGCGGCAGACGUGGCAGAAGUUCUGCGAGCAGUCCCGACAGUGCGUCCAGAACAUGCGCGUCCAUAAAGAGCAGAAAGCCGCCCGGCAGCUCGGCUUUAUCAUCGGCGCGUUCAUGGUUUGCUGGAUCCCGUAUUUCAUCACGUUCAUGGUGAUGGCGCUGUGCAACACGUGCGUCCAUCACGACCUCCACAUGUUCACCAUUUGGUUGGGCUACAUCAACUCCACGCUCAACCCCUUCAUCUAUCCGCUCUGCAACGAGAACUUCAAAAGAGUCUUCAAGAAGAUUUUUCGCCUCCAGAAGUGA